UCAAAACAGUUAACGUUUGACAGCUCAGUGUCAUUCCUCAGAAGGAUUAUAAAACGUAAUGGAAGAUGUUACAGCUUAUAUUAAAAUCGAUGCACACAACUUAGCCGACAUAUUUACACACUGAAGUGACUUUUUAGUCGACUGUCGAGGAAUGCUAAACGGUGGAAAUGUAUUUUUACUUAGUUCAUGUAGUAGCAGUAGCAGCUCCCCUGUAGCUAGCUAGUUAGCUUCCUCGACCAGAGAAAGUUGUUCCAUGGCGAUCUAUGGGCUGAACAUUACCAUAUAUAGACCGGCUACAGACCCCCCUCGCCGGUGAAAUGUAAACGGCGAGUCGCUCUACAAGCUGGCAAAGGACAAGCAACAACACAAUUUAAGACUAAGCCAGGACGAAAAAGAAAAACAAAACACUAUCACGCUAACUCAAAGAUGUCAUCGGAGCAGAAUGUUGCCAUCGUUAUGGAUGACAAAAUCUACGAGGUGAACAAGAAGAAGCUCAUAGAGAAGAGCGACUACUUCCGUGCACUGUACAGCUCUGGUAUGAGAGAGUCUACGGAGGAUUCAGUGCAGCUGCAGGGGCUCAGUGUCCCUGGCCUGGAGCUGGUCCUGGAGUUCAUCAACACCUCCAAAGUGCAGGUUGUCAAUGAGACUCUGGAGGACCUGAUUGAGACCGCCUCCUUCCUACAGGUCACCUCCAUCCUCAAACUCCUCACCUCGGAGAUCCGGCUGGAGAACUGUGUGGAGCUGUACAACCUCUCUGAGGUUUACGGGACUCAUGACCUCCGUAAUGCUUGUCUCAAGUACAUGAGCUGCUACUAUCACCCCAUGCUGAGGCGGCCAGAGUUUGGCACCCUGCCCUUGGCUGUUAGAGAUCAAAUCAGGGAGAUGCGCAUGAAAGGCACCGCCACCCUUGUGGCCAUCGGAGACUUCACUUGUCUGUCUUUAGAUGUGCCAGAUCAGGAUGAGCCCUGGUCCAUGCUAAGGUACGGAGAGGUGGAGCAGCGCUGGAAACCUCUUGCAAACAAUCUGCCUCCAGAUAUGAUCAAUGUCAGAGGGUAUGGCUCUGCUGUCCUAGACAACUACCUCUUCAUAGUGGGUGGCUACAGGAUGACCAGUCAGGAGAUCUCUGCAGUGCACUGCUACAACCCCUGUAGAAACGAGUGGAACCAGGUGGCUCCACUCAACCAGAAAAGGUCCAACUUCAAACUGUUGGCAGUUCAGGGGAAGCUCUAUGCUGUUGGAGGCCAGUGUCUUGGCACAGUGGAGUGUUAUAGCCCAGAGCAGGACUGGUGGACCUGUGUGUCUUCAAUGCCUGACCCACUGGCUGAGUUCUCUGCUUGUGAAUGCCAGGGUAUGAUCUAUGUCAUGGGCGGAUAUACUGCAAGAGAUAGGAACACAAACGUCCUUCGCUACUGCCCAACCUCUGACACAUGGACAAUAUUUCGUUCCUGCGUGGCACACAUCCGAAAGCAGCAGAUGCUUUCUGUGGAGGACACUAUAUACCUGGUGGGUGGUUACACCCAUGAGCUAGAGCCAGGCCGACGGCAGCGCCGACCCAGCCAAACAGAAGACGUGCUGACAGUACAGUCGUACAACAUCGCUACAGGGGAGUGGAUCCAACUGAAGGAGAACACGUCCAAGUCGGGCCUGAACCUGACAUGCACUUUGCACAAUGAUGGCAUCUACAUCAUGAGCCGGGAUGUUAGCCUGCCAACCAGCCUGGAGCACCGUGUAUUUCUGAAAUACAACAUCUUUUCUGAUGCCUGGGAGGCUUUCAGACGGUUCCCAGCGCUGGGACAGAACAUGCUGCUGUGUUCUCUUUACCUCCCCAAUGUAUUAUGAUUUGCAGGGAUGGUAGAGCCUGGGCACCUUUUAAUUUAGGCCAUUGUGUGGCUUGCUUUUUCUUGCACAGAUUGAAGCUCUGUGGCAUUACUGAACAGGUGUGGGAACAUUGUACGGUUGCACCAGGUUCAAAUCCUGGUAACCUCUGUGCCUCAAAAAAUGCACUACAUUGUACAUACUUCUGUGGAUUCAAAUACAAAAGUUACAGUGAUAAGUAUGAAAGUGAUAAAGCUCCAUGGCCUGAAGAUCAACAGCAUCAUAAUGGCAUGCUUUUAAAUCUAUAGGCCACAGUAUUCCUGAUGUUUACACUCCAAGUAUGGCAUUGGUAUUCUGUAUCCAUAUUUCACUACAAACCUUAAAAUAUCUCAGAAUCAAAAGACAUUAUUUGUUAUGUACUGUAAAUAGCAGAUAAUCAUGAAAAUGGCUUUGGUUUUACACUGCCAGUUUUACGGGUGUUAGAGGGGUUACUGGUUGAGGUGUGAUGUGAUGGUUCAGAGGGAGCUUAAUGUGUUGAACACUUGCACAGUCAUUUUUCAAAGGUACACAAAGCUUAAAGCGCUAUUCCAUGAAAUGAUGCACAUGUGCCUUCUGCAACCUCAGUUAGGAACUUGAUACAAAAAAAAAGCACAAAAUGCAAGACUUUGUUACAUUUCCAGCCACUGACCAAAACUGCUGUGUUUUAUUUUUUCUCUGCUAAAGCAGAUUUGUUUUUCAUUAAGGUACUUUUUAGUUCCUUGAUUAUUAAUAGUGGUGUGCAGAAAGAUGAAGUGAAAUUCAUUUUUGAAACUCUUGAUGUUUUGAGUAAAGAUGGCACUUAAUGUUUAAUUUGAUGGAUUUCGGCCUCUCUCUGCAUUACUUAUUUUGUUUGACACUUUGGAAAUUUAGGUCAUGACAAUAAAGAUGAUGUUCAGGGA